AUGGAAGACCUCCAGGAUGCCGAGGGAGUUUGGAGUCCUGAUAUUGAACAAAGUUUCCAGGAAGCCCUGGCUAUAUAUCCACCAUGUGGGCGUAGAAAGAUUAUUCUCUCAGAUGAAGGGAAAAUGUAUGGCCGAAAUGAAUUAAUAGCACGAUACAUCAAACUACGUACUGGAAAAACACGAACCAGAAAACAAGUUUCCAGUCACAUUCAAGUUCUAGCCAGACGUAAAUCGAAAGAAAUUCAAGCUCAACUUAAGGACCAGGCAUGUCGUGAUAAAGCCCUCCAACAAAUGGCUUCCAUGUCGUCUGCACAGAUAGUGUCAGCUAGCGCCAUGCACAACAAAAAUAUCGCUUCUGGUCUUAGUGGGCUAUCUGGAAUGUCGCCCGUUAGAUCUGGAUUUCCGGGAGCUACCCCGGUGAGUUGGCAUGUAUUAGAGUGUGUAAAACCAUUUGGUUCACCGAGUUAUGGUUUAGAUGCUAAAAUACCACCUUCUAUUCCUGGUGAGAUGACCCCAGCUUGGCAAGGUCGUUCAAUAGCAGGUCCCAAAUUACGUCUGGGUGAAUUUUCAGCGUUUCUGGAACAACAGCGUGAUCCUGAUUCUUAUCAUAAACAUUUAUUUGUUCAUAUUCAAUCCAAUCCCACCUACAACGACCCACUGCUAGAGUCAGUUGAUAUCCGUCAGAUCUAUGAUAAAUUCCCUGAGAAAAAAGAUGGUUUAAAAGAUUUAUAUGAUAAAGGUCCUCAAACAGCAUUCUUUCUUGUCAAAUUCUGGGCCGAUAUUAAUACUAAUGUUCAAGAUGAGGCUGGUGCUUUUUAUGGUGUCACAAGUCAGUAUGAAAGCAGUGAGAAUAUGACUAUUCAGGUAUCAACUAAAGUGUGUUCAUUUGGUAAACAGGUGGUGGAAAAGGUCGAGACUGAAUAUGGAAGAUUUGAAAAUGGAAGAUUUAUGUACCGAAUUCACCGUUCACCAAUGUGUGAAUAUAUGAUUAAUUUUAUACAUAAAUUAAAACAUUUACCAGAAAAAUACAUGAUGAACAGUGUUCUAGAAAACUUCACCAUUUUACAGGUUAUUACCAACAGAGAUACCCGGGAAACAUUGAUCUGUAUUGCCUUUGUUUUUGAAGUUUCAACAUCAGAACAUGGAGCACAACAUCAUACAUAUAAACUAGUUAAAGAUUGAGACUUGAUAACAUAGACUAAAACACCUUGGAAUAAUCUAGACUACCUUAUAACCUUUAUUGGAGAUAAUUUAGAAUAGAGCAUUUUACUCGGUGAAGACUAGUUUGAUCUGGACUAAAUUCUCUAGAAUAAGCAUAUUUUCAAUUCUGGAUAACCAAGACUAGGUUAAAGGGAGGUUAUUCUUGUGAAUGUGUUUAUGAAAGGAGAAUAACUCUAUAAUCCUAAAGGAUUAGAUUAUUGUGCUAAAGACAAAGUAUAUUAAUAUAUAUAGCAAUAGAUCUAUUGUGUUAUUAUGAACGAAACACCGUGAACAAAGUGUAGAACAAAUAGCGUUCAGACUUAUAAGUGUUCAUUAUGUUCACAUCUUAAUAAAAAAAACCAAGGAAAUACAAAACGGAGCACUUCAAUGCCAACAAGUGUGUCAAAGUUUUUAUAUCGUUAUUUUAAGAUUGUUUUGUUAAAGGAUCUCCACCCAUUUAUUUAGUCUUUAUUGUCCAGUGAUAUUGUUUAAGGUUAUCAAACAAUAUUCAGACUGGUAUUAUGAAGACUACCAUGCUUCAUUUAUAACAUUUGUUAGUGCUUUAUGGGAAUCUAAUUUCCAUUUCUUUUUUUAUUUUUGUUUUAUUUUUAGUCAUUUUAGAAUUGAUAUCAAAAAUAUAUUUCAAUGUCAUUCAACAAAUUUUCCAUAAUUUCGGCUGUUGAUGCCUGAUUUCUACCUUACUUAGUAUAUUUAUAUACUCAGUUACAACCUAUGGUAGUAAUUGAAGUAUCAGAACAUUGAAUAAAAUAUAAUUAACUUAACCAAACUUAUACAGGAUUAACUGUUUAAUAUUCAUAUUAUUUUCCCUCUGAUACGGAACAUGAAGAGUAUAUUUUGACAUCAAUUCACCCAAUCUCUCUGAAGGGGCAUAUUUCAUCUGUUCCUUUCUCUAUAGUGUAUUGACAGGGAUAUAGUUUGUAUUGAAAACUCCCUCAAUAUAGGUAGUUGGAUAUUGGGGACCACGCUAAAGUCUUUAUAUUGCCAUUGAUAAACACCAUUUAUAGCAAUUUUUUAUGAAUAUUUCAAGGACAUGUUAUAGAAAAAAAAAUAUACUAAUAUUUUUGAUGAAUUGAAAUUAUUGAUAUUGUCAAUUUAAUUUGAAUCCUAGCCAGGCCACCAGAACUGGUUUCGGUUUUCUACAAAAUCUUGCCAUAAAAUUUAUUGUACCGAUAGUAUAUAAUCACAUGUUAAAACUUGACAGUAAAAUUCUUGAAAAUCCAUCAUCAUAUCCCUAAUAUCCAACUUGCCAAAUGUCUUGGUGUUUGUUUGUAGUUGUUUAGUUAACUAACUAGUUAAGUUUUGUUUGUUUAUUAUUAUUAUUAUUAAGUGUGGUUCUCUAGUUGCUGAUGUAACAUUGUGUUCACCAUACACCAAUAUUUCAUGCUAUACAGUCUGAUAAAUACUGACUUAGAUUAACUUAGGCGAGAUAUUUAAAAGAUCAAAAAGUUGACCAAUAUCUACAAAAACACUGUAUUUCUGAUUGAUCUAAAUACUAGACCUAUAUUAUAUAUUUUUUUCAAAUUAAUAUUUUGGGACAAAUCUAGAAAUCGUCUCAGACAUGUGCUUGUGGCAAUAAGAAAGCAAAUUAUUUUGCUGUUAUAUGAAUUUUAAAAAAUAUAACAAAGUAACUUAGUAUAAAAAUUGUUAUAUUAAGCAAAACCAACUAACAACAGAGAAUUAAAAUGCCUAAUUUCUGGAAGCCUGGACCAUUUUUAUGUAUGAACAUAGCCUUUUUAACAGUAUAGAUCUUUAUGACAUGAGACAUCAGUUAAUCUAAGAGUAAUUAUCAGACAUGAACUAAGCUUCUAUUCAUUACUUGCCACAUAACAUACAGAAACUAUAAAACAUCACUAUUUUUCUAUGCACUUCAUAUCACAUCACACUGGUUGACUUCAUUUGCAUAUUCUAAGAGAUUUUAAAACAAGGAAAGACAACUCUUAUAGUAUAUAUAUUAUCUGGGGAAAAUUGCUCAUUACCUUUACAGCUUUCUAAAUUUUAUCUUUGUCCAAUUUUGAGAUGCAAAAUAUGUUUUAUUGAAUUUAAAAUGAAAUUUUAAUAAUUUUAGACUUAUGAUAUAUUUAUAAGCCUUAAGUAACUAAACGUCCAUUUUGUUAACGAAGAUUUUGAGAUUUUAUAUUUGGCAGUGCCUUAUCAUAAAACAGACUCUGUGAAGCUCUGUUAAAUAGUGUAAUAAAACAUCAAAGAAGAAAAAAUUGCCACGAUAUUUGUUUUUUAUAGAAUAUACCUGUUUUAUGCAUGUUAAAGAUUUGAAAGGCAAAACCAUUUUAACCAAAUGACACAAUGAAGUAUAAUUUUAGAUGUCAGUUUUUCACUGAUUAUUAUGUUAAUUUUAAAAGAGUAUCUCUAUAGCUGC